AUGGGGCGGAAAUUCCGUUUCUGCGGUGACGGAGACUGUCCGGAUUGGGUGCUGGCCGAAAUACACGCCAAUCUGGCCCAGCUCACCACGGACCAGCUUAACGAGCUCGGGGAACACACCGCAAAAUCGAUCCUCGGAGCGAAUCUUUCCGAAAGCGAUCUGAACCAAAUCUACCCGAAGGGGUCGUUGGACGCACCGAAGGGAGCGAUCGCCUGCCUGCGCUUCCUGCUGACCAGUGCCGCCCGGUACGACACGGACGUGAGCGUUUUCGGUACGGAACUGCAGCAGCUGGGGCUGCCUAAGGAGCAUGCGGCCACCAUGUGCCGGCUGUUGGCGCAAUAUGUGCAGAAAAUACGGUCCGUUUUGAGGGACAACAGUUUGCGCAUCAACCAGCUGGAGAGCUUCGAGUGUAACAUUCCGAAAAACACGAUCGACUGCAUUCAGCUGAAGCUGGGCAUACAGAACGAGAUUGUCGAUGGAUUGCCAAAACAGACGAGCCACACCGUGAAUCUCAACCGAAACGACGCCCUGCUGUUGCUCAACGAACUGAAAGCGGUUCGUGACACGAUGGAGAACUACAAUUUCGACAAAAAAUAUACCGAACAGAAGUAG